GCAUGCGUGUCUUUCAAGAAGGGCAAUUUCUCAGAGUUUUAGAGGAAAAACAGCCUUGUUCGAGCAGAUUGGAAACGAAGCUGAUCAUCUGGUAGUAUUCACCCGUCUUGCAUAUAAUUUGAUGUUCAACGUAACAAAGAUAAUUUAGAAUGGUGAAGGAAACAGCCUUUUAUGAAAUUUUAGGAGUUAAGCCAGACUGUUCUGACAGUGAGCUGAAAAAAGCUUAUAGGAAGUUAGCCUUGAAAUAUCAUCCUGACAAGAAUCCUUCAGAAGGAGAUAAGUUUAAAAGGAUCUCUCAAGCUUAUGAAGUGCUAUCUAACCCAGAAAAAAGAAAAAUCUAUGACAAAGGGGGAGAAGAUGCAAUCAAAGAAGGAGGUGGAAGUGGUCAUGGGUUUUCAUCACCUAUGGAUAUUUUUGACAUGUUCUUUGGAAUGGGUGGUGGAGGUGGACGGAGGAGAGAACGUCGUGGGAAAGAUGUUGUUCAUCAGUUAGGAGUAACUCUGGAAGAGCUGUACAAUGGAGCAGUUAGAAAGUUAGCAUUACAGAAAAAUGUAAUUUGUGACAAAUGUGCUGGGAGAGGUGGCAAACAAGGAGCGGUGGAGAGAUGCCCAACUUGCAGAGGAAGUGGUUUGUACACACGUAUUCAACAGCUUGGACCAGCCAUGGUACAGCAAAUCCAGACAAUGUGUCCAGACUGUCAGGGACAAGGAGAACGCAUUAGUCCAAAGGAUAGAUGUAAAGCCUGUCAGGGAAAGAAGGUUAUAAAAGAAAGAAAAGUGUUAGAAGUUCAUGUUGAUAAAGGUAUGGAAGAUGGACAGAAAAUCACUUUCAGUGGAGAAGGUGAUCAAGAGCCAGGUUUAGAACCAGGAGAUAUCAUUAUUGUGUUGGAUGAAAAGGAGCAUGAAACUUUUAAAAGGAGUGGUAGAAACCUGAUCAUGCAAAUGGAAUUAACUAUUACAGAAGCUUUGUGUGGAUUCCAAAAGACUAUUGAGACUUUAGACCACAGAACUUUAGUUAUUACAUGUAUUCCAGGAGAAGUGAUCAAACAUGGAGCAAUUAAAUGUGUUCUGAGUGAAGGUAUGCCUGUUUACAAGGAUCCAUUUGAGAAAGGGCAACUGAUUAUCAAGUUUGUUGUCAAUUUUCCAACUCAAAUUGAUCAUUCAGUUAUUAAUAAACUAGAGCAUUUAUUACCACCAAGGACAGAAUGUAUUGUACCUGAUAAUUCAGAAGAGGUGGUACUUGUGGAUCUGGAUCCAGAACAAGAAGCAAGGAGACAAUAUCGUCAUAGACAAGCCUACGAGGAAGAUGAUGAUCACAACCACCAUAGGGCUGGUGGUGUACAGUGUCAAACACAUUAAUUGCUCUAGUUUAUAGUGUUUUAGUUAAUUCUUCUUUCAGGAUUUCAUAAAACACGUACAAAGUAAUUAAUUGGUACAUCAGCUGUUAUGGUAUACACUAAGUUACCCUUACAAUUUUCUGAUUCUUCUCAUUUAAAAAAUCCAUGGCUCUACCAUUUUGUGCUUCUCAUCUGUUUGUAUGACCUGUAGUUCAACCAGUCUUAAUUGGCUUGUUUCCAUACGAUAAAUAAUGUCCAGCUUAUUCUGUUAUUUAUUUGUCGUGUGUACAUGCUAGUUUAAGUAAUUAAUCACUGCUACCUUACCACAUUGAAGAUAAAAUGUAACAGAGUUAUAAUGAACUAAUUAUUCAUGGAGUAAAGAUUGUGUAACUAAUGAAACAAUUUUCUGUGCUAAUUUCAUUUCACUUUUUCUUCAUUCUCAAAUACAAUUGGCAGACUGUAGAAAUGUUUUUUUAAUUAAUACAUGGGUUGUUUGAAUUGCCGUGUUUUCUGACAAGUAUUUUAACCUCCUUCAAACAUCUGCUGUUAACUUUUACAUUUCUAAGCAGAAUCUCUUUGAUGAUGGAUAAGACGAAGCACCUCUCUAACUUUUAGUAACUAAAGUGGUACAUCCUGAAAUUGUAGAAGUGUUUGUAUUACCAGCAAGAGAGAUCAAAUAAAUGAACUGAAAGUCUG